AUGACGCCUCAACCGUCUGGUCCCGAGAGCCUCUCCUCUGCAAGGGUCUCUAAGCUUGCCAGAAGACCUCACCGCAAGUCGAGAAAUGGCUGCUUCAACUGUAAAAGGAGGAAAGUAAAGUGCGACGAGGUGAAGCCCGCUUGCGCCAACUGCGUGCGCUUCGGUAUCCCUUGCGAUUUCGCUCCCUUGCCGCCAACUGGCGAGGACCCGUCAUCGUCAAGGUCACCUCCCGACUCCAGUGCCGUCCAAGGAGAGCCCUCCACGACGCCGCGCCGUGGUCCGGGCCGGCCACGAAAAGAUUGGGCCGCCCUGACGAGACCGCUCCCGCAUCAACCGGAGCGAGCCGGGACUUCUCCGCCAUCCGCCGCCGCGACUCCGGCGUCGUCUUCAACAGCUUCAACGUCAAUGGCCUGUCCUUUGAACGUUGCCGAUGCUGAAUUCCUAUUCCACUUCAUUACCCACACCGCUGGGACGCUGCACGAUUAUGAUGACCCUCAGAAGAGCAUUGCGGUUUUCUGGGCACGAAAUGUUCCUCAGAUCGGAUUAUCAUACCACUUUGUCCUCCAUCUUGCGUAUUCUCUAGCCGGAUACCACCUUGGUUAUCUAGAACCCAAGGGGACAGAACGCCAUGCUCGGAAUCGCACCCUCGCAGCGCAACACGCGGAGCUUGGGUUGACCGAGCUCAACAAGACUUUGUCCAACCUAAACGAGACAAACUGCGGUGCCCUAUAUGUCGCUUCCGUACUUGUUUGUUAUUGUACCUUUGCAGCAGGACCUACUGGUCCCGAAGACCUCCUACUCUGCAGCGUGGGAGAUGUCGCCGCACAGCGGUGGUUACCAUUAAUACACGGCGUGAGAUUGAUUCGACAAUCUAUUGAGCCCGCGACAUUGUUCACGGGGCUUAUGUCUCCCCUUGGCGGCGGCGCGGAUCCAGAACCGGAGGACCCGAGACCCGAGUAUCUCGUCAAAGGAUUCCCUCACCUCCAGUGGAUCGAGCCUCUUGAGAAGCUGCGGGCAUGGAUUGCAUCCAACGAAACACCGGAUACAGUCUUAUUUCUGAGAGCCCACAAGUCGCUCUGCGAAAUUUACGAAGCCAACUAUGGUGAUGCGGAUGGAGGCUACAACGGCCCAAUGACAAAUAAGCUUGUAUUUGGGUGGUUCUACCGCCUGCAGGAUCUCUUUGUUGGCUGUCUUCAGCGGAAAGCACCGCCGGCUCUUCUCUUAUUGGCGUACUACGUCCCUUUGUUUAACACGAUGACACGAUCUUGGUAUAUGGAUGGGUGGGCGGCGCAUCUUCUCGAUGCAAUACGGGGAUUACUCAGUCCAGACUUGUUGGGAUGGCUAGAAUGGCCUCUAGAAGUGUCCAAGCAAAGGGCAUGA